GUGCUGUGCUGCUGGGAUGAGGGAGAAGAUCAAGUAAGCAGCCGUGAGUGUGGUGGUUUGUUUUUAAUAAUAGAAUAAAGACUACACAGGACAGUGUUGUAUGCGGAUGACUGGAUGCUGAAGGUUUUGGCAUAAUCCAUUAGGCAUGAGCCAUGAGCCAAAGUCGCCAUCGUUAGGAAUGAUCUCCACGGCAACACGCACCACGGCGACCGUCAGUCCUCUCACCCCCUCCCCCAUCAGCGGCACAGUUCUAGCCAAUGGGAACACUGCUUCCCAGUCCGCUCACUCCGGAUUUGCCGCUGCUCUCCGCAAACUGGCCAAGCAGGCGGAGGAACCCAGAGGCCCCAUCAGUGGCGAAUCUUCUCCUGUUUCCUCUCCAGCCACCAAUCACAGCUCUCCAGUGGGCACACCCAAGCGGGUUUCAUUAGUGUCAGGGCCUGGUCUUGGGGCUCCUUCUGCCACCCACAGUGUGUCGAGUACGCCACCCGUGGUCACCAUCGCUCCUACAAAAACAGUCAAUGGAAUGUGGAGGAGUGAAGGGAGACAGGCUGAGGCUGCAUUGAGAGGGCCUGCUCGAGAGCGGCUGACCUCAGACCCUCCUCCUCCUCCUACUGCGACUCAGGAGAAGAACGUCUCCUCACUUCCCCCUCACAUCAUGGGAGCACCUUAUCCUUUUGGCCUGAACCCCAGUGCAGUAAUGCAGGAUCCUCGUCUACAAGCCCUUAAUUUAUCACGUCAGAUGCCUCAUGUUCUGCAGUCGGGGGCUGUGCCAGUUGGUGCAGUGCCCUUGGGGGCGGUGCCAGAGGAAUACCUGCGCAGUGGGUUCCGCCCCUAUGGUUCUGCUGAAGACUUGAGAUUAUCUUCACUCCCAUUAGGGCUGGACCCCGGGUACUUUCGCUCAGGAUACCUGGCCUACCCUGCCCUAUCGUCAUACAGAAUGGAUGAGUCCCUCUGUUUAUCUGCCCUGCGCUCACCCUACUACCAGCUGCCAGCGGGGGGAGCCGUGCCCUCCCUGCAUCCCAGCACUGCUCACCUCCACCUGCCAGGGGUGCGCUACCCUGCAGAGCUCAGCCAUCAGUCUCUGACAGCCCUGCAGAGCAAGAGGCUGCAGAUGGAGGACAAGCUUCGCCAGCACGAGAGAGAGCGGGAGCGAGAGAAGGAGAGAGCUCAUGAGGCAGAGAGAGAAAAAGAGCGUGAGAGAGAGCGAGAGCGAGAGAGGGAACGAGAGCGUGUACGAGAAAGGGAAAGGGAGGAGGAAAGAGAAAGAGAGCUGGAGCGACAGAAAGAGAGGGCAAAAGAGAGGGAAGUUCAGGUGGUUCGGGCCAUGGAGAAGCAUGUCCUGAGUCAGGAGCUACACACACACACACACACACUCUCUCACAGGCAGCAGAGAGAAGACAGAGCCAAGCUAACACCAAACCGAGCAGAGAAAACCAAAGAUCCAACACUCCUGGCCCCAAAGCCUCUGCAGCCUGGCCUGUAUCCCUCCCCUGGUGGUCCCGCUCCACUCCCAGUGCCCAGCCUGGUGCCCACCCCUGGAGAGAGGGUAGGGCCGGGUGCUCUGCUCCUCCAGCGCCAGGGAGAGGAGGAGAGAUGGCUGGCACGGCAGAGAAGGCUGAGAGCAGACACAGCAGACAGGCAGGGCCUGAUGUCUGAGUGUUCACAGCACAGCACAGAGCCAGAGAUACAGGAACCUCAGACAGACUCACAGAGGCCUCACUUACUCCACCAGGACUUGAACAACAGGGAGCUACCUCACCACCUGAGAGCACCACCUCCUCUCAUCUCCCCCAAACCCAACCCUCCUAACCCUCCCACCACUCUCUGGAAUCCUGUGUCCCUCAUCAACUCUCCCUCACACCCGCGUCGGGCAUACGAGCCUUCUUUCCCCCCAAGCCGUCCACCUCCAGGACUUACUAAACCUGAGUGCACAGACAGGAGCCUUCCUCAGAGGACACCUGGCCUCCUUGAGCCCAGCUCCUUCCUCACAGAGCAGGAGAAGUCAAGCCAGAGUAUUGUGAACAAGCAGAGGCUCUCUUUUUCACUGACUACUCCCUUUGGAGAGCUGAGAGGAACCAAAAGAGCUGGAUCCCCUAUCAGAGUCUUCCCUCAGUGCCCCGCACGAGAACCAACACUGGUGUAUGAUAACGCACUGCAGCAACACAGAACUCUUCUGAGCAAACUCGACCUGGAGGAGAAGAGACGCAGAGAAGCCAGAGAAAAGGGUUAUUACUAUGAGCUGGAUGACUCUUAUGAUGAGAGUGAUGAAGAAGAAGUAAGAGCUCACCUAAGGAGAGUGACUGAACAGCCUCCUCUCAAACUGGACCUGUCUAAAGAGAAACUGGACUUCCUGGCUGUAUUUGGAUUGAAAACACUGUCCCAGCGAGACGAGCUGUUGGAAAGGAAGAGGAAGAAGAGGAGAAAGAUGAUGAGGGAGCGUAGCCCUUCUCCGGUACCUGCUCAGAGUAAACAUCAGACUCCGCCCACACACACGCCCACCCUGUCCACCCGCUACACACCCGAGGAGAUGGACAGGGCACCUGAACUAGAGAACAAGAAACAUUUCCUCAACAUGUUCAACCUCAACCAUGUCAGCCAAGAGCAAAGGAUAGAAAAAGAGAAAGUAGUGAGUCUACUAGAUGCCAUCAAAAAGAAAACCGUCACUCUGGACACACUCCGAUACGCUACGCACACACCCUGCUCCAGCCCUCCAUCUACUGCCUGUGAUCCUACAACACCCUCCACACCCUGCCAGACAAACGGAGAGCCCCAACCAAAUUCCCGUAGCGUCACUCCUCCUGGACCUACCAGACAUCUUUACAGUGUCAGCCAGGCCGACCUUCACAGGCCUUCACAGCUAUCUGACCACUCGCGCCCUAAAGAGCCUCCUCCACUCGCCCCGCUGCAGGACCAGUCUCGUUUGGGAGAAGCUCCGCCGAUCAGGAGAGCACCAAGCCUUCAGAACAGCUCCAGACCUCCUCUCCCUCAGCUAAAGGAGCGGCCUCAUGGGCUCAAUGGCCUGACUGACCACAGCAGGUCUCGCCCCUGGGAGAGCCUCAGUGCUGAGGAGUUUGCACAACACUUCCACCAGUCUGUACUGCAGUCUACACAUAAAUCCCAGCACAAACCCAAAGCAGGUGUGUCAGGAGUUCCUGAGCCAAACCACAAGCUCAACAACAUUGUACGUUACAACCUGCCAGAGCACCAGAGGGCGCCAAACAGACUACCUUACUCUCAAACCAAUGGCCACUCCUGCCAUCCCGCAGUGCACCAUGAGUCAGGGCUGAGUGAUGAGCGAUCUGCUGAGGAAGACUCCACUGAGGAGGAAGAAGAAGAAGAUGAUGAAGAGGAGGAAGAGGAGUACAGCCACAAAUGGAAGGGUAUUGAAGCCAUAGUGGAAGCUUAUCAGGAGUACAUGGAUGAGAGGGAUAUAGAAAGUGAGGUUCUGCAGAGUGAGUGUAGGAGAAUGGAGGCUCAGCACUAUCACCUGAGUGUUACAGCUGAUCAGCUCUCUGUCACUAUGGGGGAGCUGUUGGCACAGAGGCAGCGGCUGGCGCUUGACAGGGAGCGAAUGCAGGCUGAGCUGGAGCACUUCAGGAAGUGUCUGACGCUGCCUGCCCUUCUCUUACACAGAGGUCACUAUAAAGGACCACCCCCAAGGUGAUCCCUCUCACCCUGCCCACUAACAAUUAGGGAUCUGGGCAAAUAACACCCAGUUCCUCACCUGAGACUGAGAGCCCAGAGCUGCACUGAAGCCUGAGGGUGAGGAGAACUGGAUGAGGAUGAAGCUGAGCUCACUGCACAGCAGGAGGAUCGACUGCAGCCACUCAAUAUUACACAGUGGUUUAACAACAUAAAGAGACGGUCAGUCACAACGAAACAGCGCUGCCGCUAUUGGACGUCUACCUUCAUCUCCAGCUUUAGAUUUCUGUGUGCUAGAAAUUACAAAUAGCAAAUAUUACAACCAAAAAAAAAUCACCUAGCUGCUGUAGAACUGGACCGAAAAGAAGACUGACAGAUCAUACGACGAAGGUGCACACGCUCAAGCUCGCAUCCUUUUUCCACGUCACUCGGCCUGAAUUUCAACGUACACUGCUCUUAACACUGUGGUAUAUGAUGAGUGGGAGAUUCAGAACGUUCCUUAACUGAUAGAAGCAGCUUUGAAAUUUAAAUAUCAUAGCUUUAAAAGUGAACAAAAAAACAAAACAAAAAUUUGAAUAGCUUUUGUACUAUUCACGAAUCAAACUAUUUUCUUUGGAGCUCAAUAUUAUUCCAACGCCGAAGAUUUGAAAAUGAGAAGCCAGCUGGUUGUGGGGGAAUGAAGGAGAGAAGAAGAGAAAAAUGAAGGAAAAUGUAUAAAGAAAGAAAAACAGGCAUGUGAUGUGAACACAGCGCUAAUGCACAAUGUCCCGCCGUCAGUAAAGCUCAGGCUCGGUCUAACCCAGUGAUAUUUCUUCCUCUGAUGAGCUGUAAUCUGAAUUCCUCUCUUCUCCCUUAUGCAGUUAUAUUUGUUCUUCACUUGGAGCCACAAUCUGACAUGUGAAGUGCCACAGUAUUACCUGCUGGUCGUUGCUGUACACAAGCACUUACUGACUUGCUGCAUGAGCGUUCCUGAAGCGUACAGCAGUGUACUAAAUGCAGUGAAAUGUUUACACACUGUGUGUUCUCGCCACAGAAAAGCAUUCCUGUUCCCAUCAUGCACUAGGCACAAUACAAGGCAACAAGGCCAGUGAUGUGAACUGAUGUAAUUCUUUAUAACGAAGUCUGUAAUAUAAAGGACAGCGGUUUUUAAAUCUUGUUAAAACUAGGCAGAAAGCAGAGCUACAUAUUAUUAAGAUGAUGAUGUAAGAUUCCCUGAUAUUUUAAUGCUGUGAAAGUUUUAAUCGUACCUUUUUUAUCUGGAUGAAGUGUGAGGUAAUAUAUUAUUUGGUGAAUGUAGUAAUAGUUAUUUAUGAGCUU